AUGAUAGGCUUAUAUCUUUCACGGUGGACACAACCUCCCCUAAUCUUCGGUCUCAGUCGCUUCUCUCUCAAGACUCUAGUUCAUCUGUUUUUCCUUUUUUGCCAAAGGUUAUACACGCGUGCUUUUGAUUCAUUCCGGAGGUUUGUCUCAGAGGAUGCCUCAUCUUUCAGCAAUAGGAAAAAUAUUUGCGACAUUACCAGAUGGUUGUACGAUUCUUGA